CAAAGAAUUAGGUCUCAAAGGACGAUAGCUUCAGUUGGACAGAGAAACGAUAGUAAUGAAACGAUGUUCACCGUCUUGUUGCCGGCUCUAGACUGACUAGGAUCCGGGAGGACGAAGAGCGUUAAAGAUCCAAAGACGAAACAUGCGUUUUGUUCACGUGCGAAUAUCGGACUACCUCCUACAACCGGUUUCAGCCGAUCACCGGUUUCUCUCGCAACGUUAUUAUAAACCCGGUGCGGUCGAUGAGCGCCAGUAUCACCGCAUUGAAAAUGCGGCGGCGACGACCGGCCAACGAGGAUGCGUCGCACACACAUCCACGCAGAGGAAAGGAGGCAAUCGCGACGUGCUCGCGGGUUUCGCCGUCUUUUCAGUCUCGACUGACCGGGUAGAUUUGGCAACGCUGCGGCAUAGCAGCGGCAUAGAUUCCGCUCCGCAACCGCAACCGCACGCCAGCCUAGCGCCAUGAUGCCAAACCAAGCCAGCCGUACAACGGUUUCUCCGCAGUGACGCGCAAGCUGCCGGCGACGGCGUAGCGUACACAAGCCAAAUCGCUUGCGGGAUCAUAACGUUCCGUCCAAAAAUUUCUUUUUCCAAUUCUUUUUCUUAGUCUUCGCGCGCUUCGAUCGUCGACAUCGACCAACGCGCGAGUAUUCACGCGCGAUACGAACAACCUUCGUUCUUAUUCAUUGGUCGCGAAUUGGCCAGCUCGUGCGAUCGUAUACACGUUCAGCUUAAUCCGAAUCGAUACACUCGUAUCUUGCUCGUUCGACCGUUGAAACACGAUCGACUCUAGUCGAGUCGUGUCAUCCCCUUUUGUAAUCGGUAUCGUUAAGUAGCGGCAAAUUUCUCUUCUUUGUUACAUGGUUACGUUCUUUCCUUUCCUUUCUUUUGUUGUUAAUAUUUGAAGUAAUUGAACGACAAAAAGAAGAGAAAAUCUAUAAGGAAUAAAAAAGAAUCUCAAAGGUGACUUUGAUAAACCUUCCCACGAUAAGCACCAUGUUCGAUACUGAGAAAUUUAUCGGAGAAAUCGAGAAACGACCGGCGAUUUAUGAUGUGAAUCGUAGCGAGUACAACGACCGUAAUGCCAAGAUGACCGCGUGGGACGAGGUCUGCCAGGUGAUGGUACCGAAUUGGGCGCGCUUGACGGACGAGGAGAGAAACGUAGAAGAGAAAAACUUACGUGGAAAAUGGAGAAAUAUCCGUGACUAUUUUAUGAAAGAAUUGAAGCUUCAGAAAUCACAGAAAGUAGGGCCGGUUGGUCGGAAACGAAAGAAAUACAUGUAUUUCGAUCAACUGUUAUUUCUAAUGCCAACGGUGGAGAAUAAACGAAAUGCCGGUACUACAUUAAAUAAUUGCAAAUCUGAGGAGAGCGAGGGUGAAAUUGACAAUCCGGUGAUCGAAGAAUACGACGUACCAUUGGCCCAUGCUGCUCCCUCCAUUACCACUGGCAGGGAAUACCUUCAGCCGGGCGCAUCCUAUAAAAUGUGCCCCCGUUAUCCGAAGCAGCUUUGUGAGACGUCGUUCGCGUCCUUCGAUAAUGAAAUUCACGAUAUCCUGUCGUCACACAGCAGCCAACGAGUUACAUACGAUGAGGAUGACUACGACAAAAUGUUUCUACUCUCGUUGUUGCCGAUCAUUCGACAAGUACCGGAAGAGAAGAAGCUCGAUGUCCGGAUACAGAUGCAACAAGUCUUGGCCCUGGCACUUCGUCCUCCGGAUAGUAUGCAAUGAUAAUUCUGAUAUUUCGAAGAUUUUCUAAUAAAAGCACGGCGAACUAGGACAUGUGAGUAUGCUAGUCCAUACGAAAAAAAUUCUUUUUUUAUUCCGUUGUUUCCGUUAACAACGAUAAUUAUGCAAACGGAGAAACGAUAUUUUUAUGAAUUUAGUAUCGCGUAUUUUUUGAACUUUGGAACAUUGCAACGAAGUUAUAUCUACAUCGCACUUCAAUUGUGUUCGUUUUGAUAAAGGCUAAUAUCAUCGUAGAUGUUAUAUAGAUUGUUUAUAUCGUAGACAUAGCGAAACCACGAUAAUGUUUGAGAAUGUCUUGAACAUAAGCUUUUAUGAAAGAACCAUGACUUAACGGAUUACACUUCGAGUACCUAUAUCUGUGAUAUUACACGAGAAAAACUACUUUUGACAAAUGCAAUACUAAAAAUAGGAUUUAUAACGUGUCCUACUCUACUAUAGAAAGGAUGGUAUACAUAGUUGUUUUUCCUACAUAAGACAAUGAUAUAAUAUGUAUUUUCGUAAUUUGAAAUAAAUGCCAGUGGAUUAUCGAUAUUUGUCCAAUAUGGAUAAGCGUGUGGAUGCGUUGCGCAAGAUUAUAAUGAGUAUGUAAAUAUGCAAAAAAUAAACGAUACGUAAGGUUACUUCUCGUCGAUACAGAAUUCGCUUGCGUUUUAGGAAGUAUGGACAGGUGGCAGCACCAGUACUAUACUUUCGAACUUUUCACUUUUCGUACUUCAGGUAACGCAUAUCGAACUACUUAAUUUAGCAAUUUAGUAGAUAUUUAAUGGAAUCACGGAAAUUAUCCCAUUAAAAUGCGCCUACUUAAUUUCGCACUUAAAUAAUGUACUUGCAGUAAGAUUUAUCGUUAAACAUGAUUCGUAUUUACUCAUUUUGUACUAAUCUAUUAUUUGUCAGUUUAAAAUAAAAUUAUUGUCGAAAUAUGAUAAUCACUGCCCGUAUCGUAUAAAUUUAUCCUUCGUUCGUUCACGAUGGCAGUAAAUUCGAUGCGGGAAGAAACUUUGAGGUAUCCAUUAUUUCUCGAGAAACUUAAUGGUGACGUGAAUGGUCGUAAUAUCAUUUACAUCUCGGUACGCUGAGGAAAUUUUGAAGUAGCAUUUUAAGACGACAUAAAAUCUUAUCAAAAGUUGAAAAACCUAUUUUAACAUGGUUGACUUUUAAUCGUUAACUGGAAUAAGAUGUAGAUAUACCUUUUUAUGUAAAAGCAAGUCAAACGUUAUAUCGAUCCUAAAUCGAACUUAACUAAGAUUAUACUUCAAGUAUUUGUUAGAAUAUUUAGUUCUAAUCUAACAGAUACAGAAAGAGUAACCCGAUAUCAUUGAAUAAGAGAAAAAUGUAUUUGUUCGGAUAUCGUAUCGUUUGUCGUUCCAUUUUUACAGAGUGCGAACUGUAUUUAAUUAACCUACCAUCGCAUCCUCUAGUGGGUGGUAUCCUGUUGUAGCAUAACGUAAAAUGGUAUUCAUGCAGCGCAUCUAAUUAUAACAAAUAAUGAGGUCCAUCCAGAAUCUAAAUUCACGAUGUCCUAUUUUUUUUAUAGUUAAAAGUACAAAGGGGAUGGAAAUACGAUGUAUACUUUACUAUUUUGUUAGUUUAGUGAGCGUACAGCGGUAAAUAUCGAUUAAAAAUUCUGUAAUGUGAAAAUACUUUGUGGUUUCUGCAAUCGUUGUUCUUCGAAUCUCGAUUGCCGAUAUGUAUGUAAUCUCUAUUGUUGAUAUAAAGCAAUUUUAAAUGAAA